CAGUCUGUCUGCCCCCAACGUCAACACGGAGAGCUCAAGGGACCGCUUGCAAUCCUAUUCGUAUUCCUGGGUAGCAAAACAAGAUCGGACCAUGGCCAAAAAGUAACACCGACUUUCCCAGCGAUCUGUUAGCUUUUGACAAGAGAUAAUACUAUGCCUGAUGCGAACAUGUCGCAAGCAGUAGAUGACGACGACUUUGGUGAUUUUGGUGGCUUUAGUGCGGCGCCAGAAACAGCCAAGCCUCUCGAGAAUGGAAACCAUGCCCAAGCCGAACCAACCGACGAUGACGAUGACUUUGGGGACUUUGCUGCUGUACAAAAUGAAAAUACCCAACAGACAAAUCCUCCAGAAGAGGACUUUGGAGAUUUUGGAGGCUUUGGCAGUGCGCCAGCAGUGACAAAAGAAGAGACUGCCGAUGAAUUUGGUGGAUUUGGCAGCACUUCCGCACAAGUAGUGGAGACAUCAGACAACAAUAAUACGGAAAGCAAUAAUGUCUUGCACGCAGAUUCUGAACCAGGGAAUGGGGCUACGACAACAGCGAGUCCUGAAUCUAGCACCGUUGGUGGCUAUGACACUGCCAAGGAAGAUGAAGACAGUAACCCUGAAGUAUCUGCCAAAGCAGCUGAGGAUGAUGAAUUCGGUGACUUUGGCGACGCCACGCCAACGCCACAGGAUCAGCAGAAGGAGGAUCAAAUUGGAGGUGUUAAUAAAAAUGGAGAGGCGGGCGAAACCGAUGCAGCAAUUGCCACAAACACAGCAACUACAGACGACUUUGGAGAUUUUGACACUGCCACACCAAUGACCGAGGCUAGUACACCAGCAGUCGCCACAGAGCCAGCGGCUGAGGAGUUUGGAGACUUUGGAAAUGCAACUGAAUCUGCUACUGCAGAAGAAACAGAUGACUUUGGUGAUUUUGGCACUGCAACAACAGUGGAGGAAGCUGAUAGUAAACCGCAAACCACGGAGCCAGCUGAAGACGAUUUUGGGGACUUUGGAAAUGCACCAGAGGCCCCUCCUGCAGAAACAGACGACUUUGGAGACUUUGGCAGUGCAACACCAAUGACCGAGGCUAGUACACCAGUAGCCGCCGCAAAGCCAGCAACUGAAGAGUUUGGUGACUUUGGAAAUGCAACUGAAUCUGCUACUGCAGAAGAGACAGACGACUUUGGUGAUUUUGGCACUGCAACGCCAGUGGAGGAAGCAGAUAGUAAACCACAAACCACGGAGCCAGCUGACGAUGAUUUUGGGGACUUUGGAAAUGCCCCAGAGGCCCCUCCUGCAGAAACAGCCGACUUUGGGGACUUUGGCAGUGCUCCCGAAACGACUCAACCUGAUACGACGGCACAUCAAGUUGAUGACUUUGGGGACUUUGAUAAUGCACAGUCUCCAGCGGCUGCUCCAGAACCAUCGGAUGCUUUCGGAGAAAUUGGAAGUGCACAAGCAAAGCCUUCCGAAAACGCCGACACAUCUGAUGAUUUUGGGGAUUUCGGAGAUUUUGACAGUGCAGCACCUCCAGCAGCCGCUGAACCAACGGACGAUUUUGGGGAUUUUGGUGGCGCUCCUGCCGCCAAGGCAAAAGAUGAGCCUCCACCUGACAGCGACAACAACACGCCAGGAAACGACGAUUUCGGUGAUUUUGACGAGGCACCCGCCUCCACUUCAAAACCAAUAGAACAAUCUGCCAGUGACGAUUUUGGGGACUUCGGAAGUGCCCCAGCUGUUACGUCGGCUCCAGUCGAGCAGUCCGCCAGCGAUGAUUUUGGGGACUUUGGAAGUGCACCCGCCAGCGCCCCUCCGGUCCAGCAAUCUGCAAGCGACGGUUUUGGUGAUUUCGACAGCGCACCCGCUAAUGCAGCUGCAGUCCAGCAGUCCGCAAGUGAUGAUUUUGGUGAUUUCGACAGCGCCCCUGCUAGUGCAGCACCAGUUCAGCAGUCUGCGAGUGAUGACUUUGGAGAUUUUGACAGCGCCUCUGCUACGAGAGCAAAACAAACCAAAGUUGACGGUUUUGGAGAUUUCUCUUCGUUCAAUGAGGCUGAAUCAAAACAGCCCCAACAGUCACAACAAAUAGCAACCGCUGCUCCGCCUCCUGAGAAAACGACAGCACCGCCUGCCCAGGAUUCAGAUCCGAUACUUCAGAAAGCCCGCCCCGUGUUUUCCAAAGUAUUUGAAAGAUAUGCUCACAGUGAAUCGGAUAAGGAAAUCGGUGGUCCUAGUGAAAUUAUUACAGUCAAAACACUGUUGUCUUCAUUGGUUGAUGAGGGCGACAACAAUGUCAACAAGACGCUGACGGGAGAGUUCCAGACAAUAUUGACCGAGCUUGAAAAGGAGGCUCCUCCAGCGGUCUACAUUCUGGCCGAGGGCGAAGGGUAUCGUCCGAAUGCACACUUCUCGGUUCCUAUUGGCGGGGAGGCACCAUUGGAGGGCAAGCAGCCCCGAAUCCAGCGAAAUGCACCCUCAGAAGCUCAAACGCAACAACCCAGUACCCCUCAGUCACCUCCGCUGACACCAAAGAACGACAGUUCAACCAGAGUGCAACCAGAAAAUGUAGCAGCAUGCGUGAAUACGAAUGAGGCUGCUGGGACUGGCCAACAGAUUUCGGAAAGAAUGCAACAGUUCUUACGGAGCAUCCCAGAUCUUUCCUUUAUGCUUCAAUCAAAACUUUCCCAGCCUGAGACACGACGCUAGCUAGGUUGUUAAAAGUCAUGAUGAUGCGUUUCGCUUCCUUUAGAAGGAUGCCGAUCUCGUCGCACGCCCUUGUCUAGCAAGCUAGUAGCCUCUUUUAGGGAUCAGCUUCUGCUUCUAAUGUACAAAUAGUUGGUUGGCUUUGGAUUGAAAUUUGGUCUUCCCCGUUACCAGUCGAAUCCCGAGUUCACUGGCAAUCCCGUGAGAUCUUCUGUCCAUGGAACAGAAGAUGUCCAUGGCCAGCCA